CCCCCCCUUCCCCAUCUCCUUUCUCUCUCUCUCCCCCCUGUAUCUCCCUCCUCCUCCUUCGUUGUCUUUUAAAUGUAACUUCUGAAUGAUCGGGAGAGCAGGGAGCGUCUGGAUAGCCUGGUCUGGUGACUCCAUCUUUGCUGAAGGAUCUGCACGCACGGCGGCAUUCUGCUCAUCAAAGCCGGACGCACAGAUGAGAGGGGAUCCAUUUGUGGAAUAACGUCGCGCGCCCGUGAGGAUUUCGGCUCUUUUGAUUGAUUUUAUUUUAUUUUAUUUUAUUUUAACCUCCUGGAUGUUGCAGCGCAUCACAUCGCUUUAAGUGAAUCCGUUUGAUUGGAUUUAUUGGACUCUUUAUUCUAAGCCUCAUAGUAUUAUUGUUAUCGGUUAUUGGUGAUCUAAUGAUCUCUGUUUUAAAAUGUCAUUUUAUCAAAUAAUGUCGAAGUUUAUUUGAGGUAUUAAAGGCAGAAGAGCGGUGCGCGUUAGAAAUUAGGUUUUUAAAAGGAAAGUUUCGUGCGCAAAGUUUUGGAGACGGUCGGUAUGGCUAUGGUCGCGUGGAGAAGCACGGAGGGCGUCGGGGACUCCCUGGGGACUCUCUCCUCCCCGGUGUCCCAAGUGGCCCCUCUGUCUCUGCCUGGAGAAAUGACGGGACACAUGAACGCAUCCGCCGCUCUGGAGAUCCCACAGGCAGGAGCGGCUCAGGCACCGCCGGCGCCCAAUCUAUCGGGCACCCCAGCCGCGUCCACGUCCACCAGCACCCCAUCCACCAAUAACAACAACACGUCCUCCUCCUCCUCCUCCUCUUCCUCCUCUUCCAUGGACAAACAGCAAAGCCAGCAGAUCGAGUGCAUCGUGUGCGGGGAUAAAUCCAGCGGGAAGCAUUACGGACAGUUCACCUGUGAGGGAUGUAAGAGCUUCUUCAAACGCAGCGUGAGGAGGAACCUGAGCUACACCUGCAGGGCCAACAGGAACUGUCCAGUGGAUCAGCACCACCGCAACCAGUGCCAGUACUGCCGCCUCAAGAAAUGCCUCAAAGUUGGCAUGAGGAGGGAAGCCGUCCAAAGAGGCAGGCUGCCCACGCAGUCCUUCCACGGCCAGUUCGCGCUGACCAACGGAGACCCCCUGCAGUGCCACUCCUACCUGUCGGGGUACAUCUCUCUGCUGCUGCGGGCUGAACCCUACUCCACCUCCCGGUUUGGCUCCCAGUGCCUGCAGAACAACAACAUCAUGGGCAUAGAGAACAUCUGCGAGCUGGCGGCGAGGAUGCUGUUCAGCGCCGUGGAGUGGGCCCGGAACAUCCCCUUCUUCCCGGACCUGCAGGUCCCGGACCAGGUGGCCCUCCUCCGCCUCACCUGGAGCGAGCUGUUCGUGCUGAACGCCGCCCAGUGCGCCAUGCCGGUCCACGUGGCUCCGCUGCUGGCCGCCGCCGGGCUGCACGCGUCCCCGAUGUCCGCUGACCGGGUGGUGGCCUUCAUGGACCACAUCCGGGUUUUCCAGGAGCAGGUGGAGAAGCUGAAGGUGCUGCAGGUGGAUUCAGCGGAGUACAGCUGCAUCAAGGCCAUCGUGCUUUUCACCACAGAUGCUUGUGGCCUGUCGGAUGUAGCUCAUGUGGAAAGCCUCCAGGAGAAGUCCCAAUGCGCCCUGGAGGAGUACGUAAGGAGUCAAUAUCCAAACCAGCCCAACAGAUUCGGAAAGCUGCUGCUUCGCCUGCCCUCCCUGCGCACCGUCUCCUCCUCGGUCAUUGAGCAGCUCUUCUUCGUGCGCCUGGUGGGGAAGACCCCCAUUGAAACUUUGAUAAGGGACAUGCUGCUUUCUGGCAGCAGCUUCAGCUGGCCUUACAUGCCCAUCCAGUAGAGGAAGACACAGAAAGGCAGCAGUGGAACUGAGGGUUUAUUCUCCAUGUAACCUAGAGAUCUCUGCAAGAGGAUUGAGAUUAUUACAGGUGAUAAGUUCGUGUAAUUUUACUAAAUGAUAUCAGUGGUCUGCCUUAUUUAAAAAAAAGGGUCCUGAAAGAAACGAAGAACAUGAAAUUAUUUGAAAUCAGAGGCAGAAUAUAAACCAGACUCGACCCAAAAGGACUGCUUAUUUUGGAGAUUUUUUUUUUCUUUUUGUCGUUAUGAUGACCUCUUGCAGCAUACGGACGCUCUAUGAUUUCCUUGAAAUAACAAACGAUAUUUAUUGGACUUGUGUGUAUAUUUAUCGUGCUUGUAAAUUAUGUUUUCGGAUCCGUUCCUUUCUGAAUGUUAUAUGUAUCGUUUUGCCCACAGUCGAUGAGAAAACUGCAGGGAGCCUCUUGUGUGUGUUAAUCUCUUUUAUCCUGUUUUUUUUUUUCUUUAUUGUCUAUGUUUUUGUUGAUUUCAUACUUUCCAGAAAAAAAAAGCACUUUGGAGUAAAUGAAAAUAUUAACAGCGGGUGUUUUAAAACCGA